AUGGGGACUCCGGUCAACAUCAUCGUCGGCUCGCAGGUCUGGCUGGAGGAUCCCGACGAGGCCUGGGUCGACGGCGAGGUCACCGGGAUCAAGGGCGCCGACGUCACCGUCGCCACCACCAACGGCAAAACGGUUGUGGCCAGCCUCGCGAGCAUAUACCCCAAAGACACGGAAGCGCCCCCAGCAGGAGUGGACGACAUGACGAAGCUCGCUUACCUCCAUGAACCGGGAGUCCUGCAUAACCUUGCCUGCCGGUACAGCCUUAACGAGAUAUACACGUACACCGGGAACAUCUUGAUUGCAGUCAAUCCUUUCCAGAGGCUGCCCCAUCUCUACGACGUGCACAUGAUGGAGCAGUACAAAGGCGCCACCUUCGGGGAGCUCAGCCCCCAUCUUUUCGCGAUUGCAGAUUCUUGCUACAGGGCAAUGAUCAAUGAGCAUGGAAGCCAGUCAAUAUUGGUGAGCGGUGAGAGUGGUGCUGGUAAGACAGAGACGACAAAGAUGCUCAUGAGGUACCUUGCGUUCAUGGGAGGAAGGUCUGGAACCGAGGGACGAACCGUUGAGCAGCAAGUUCUAGAGUCUAACCCAGUACUGGAAGCAUUUGGUAAUGCGAAGACGGUGAAGAAUAACAACUCAAGUCGAUUUGGUAAGUUUGUUGAAAUCCAAUUUGACAAAUACGGGAAGAUAUCUGGUGCGGCCGUUCGCACAUACCUCCUUGAACGAUCACGAGUAUGCCAGGUCUCUGAUCCUGAACGGAACUACCAUUGCUUUUACAUGCUAUGCUCUGCACCACCGGAGGACGUAAAAAGGUUUAAGGUGGGAGACCCGCGAUCAUUUCAUUACCUGAACCAAACAAGCUGCUAUGAAGUAGCUAAUGUGGACGACGCAAGAGAAUACCUAGAAACAAGAAAUGCAAUGGAUAUAGUUGGAAUUUCUCAAGAAGAACAGGAUGCAAUCUUCAGAGUAGUAGCGGCAAUCCUUCAUCUAGGAAACAUUAAUUUCUCCAAAGGGAAAGAAAUUGAUUCAUCACGGUUGAGGGAUGAGAAAUCAAUCAAUCACCUGAAAACAGUGGCAGAACUGCUAAUGUGUGAUGAGAAGUUGCUUGAAGACUCUCUUUGUCAGCGUGUUAUUGUAACACCUGAUGGAAAUAUCACAAAACCCCUCGAUCCAGAUUCUGCUCUACAGAGUCGUGAUGCCUUGGCAAAGACGGUGUAUUCACGACUAUUCGACUGGAUUGUGGAUAAGAUCAAUAACUCGAUUGGUCAAGAUCCUGAUGCAAUAAGUAUAAUAGGAGUGCUGGAUAUAUAUGGAUUUGAGAGUUUCAAGGUCAACAGUUUUGAGCAACUGUGCAUCAACAUGACAAAUGAGAAAUUGCAGCAGCACUUCAAUCAGCACGUAUUCAAGAUGGAGCAAGAAGAGUAUACAAGGGAUGAAAUAGACUGGAGCUAUGUGGAAUUUGUGGAUAAUCAGGAUGUGCUGGACCUGAUUGAGAAGAAACCUGGAGGAAUAAUUGCCCUCCUGGAUGAGGCAUGCAUGUUUCCGAAGUCCACUCACGAGACAUUUGCACAAAAGAUGUAUCAAACAUACAAAUCACAUAAGCGCUUUAGCAAGCCCAAACUUGCCAGGACUGCCUUCACAAUCAAUCACUACGCAGGAGAUGUCACGUACCAAGCCGAUUAUUUUCUUGACAAGAACAAAGAUUAUGUGGUCGCUGAACAUCAAGCUCUACUAAAUUCGUCAAGGUGCUCUUUUGUUGCAAAUCUCUUUCCUCCAUUACCAGAGGAAAGUUCUAAACAGUCCAAAUUCUCUUCCAUCGGUACUCGCUUUAAGCAACAACUCCAAGCCCUGAUGGAAACAUUGAGUACGACAGAACCACACUACAUUAGAUGUGUGAAGCCUAAUACUGUACUGAAACCUGGCAUCUUCGAGAACGACAAUGUCUUGAAUCAAUUGAGAUGUGGGGGUGUUUUGGAAGCAAUCCGGAUCAGUUGUGCUGGCUAUCCGACGAAGAGAACAUUUGAUGAGUUCAUUGAUCGAUUCGGAGUGCUUGCACCAGAGCUUGUGGACAGUUCUGACGAGAAGACAGCUUGCGCAGCAAUAUGUGAUAAAAUGGGAUUGAAGGGAUACCAGAUAGGAAAAACAAAGGUAUUCCUAAGAGCUGGCCAGAUGGCAGAGCUGGAUGCCAGAAGAGCAGAAGUAUUGGCCAAUGCUGUGCGACUUAUCCAGAGGCGUAUAAGAACGCAUCUUAUGCGAAAGGAAUUCGUCAGCUUAAAAAAGGCUUCCAUUCAAACUCAAAAGUUCUGGAGAGCACGACUAGCUAGAAAGCUUUUUGAGCACAUGAGAAGAGUCGCUGCUGCAAUUACAAUACAGAAGCACACCCGUACUCAUUCUGCCUGGAAAGCUUACCUACAAAUAUACAGAUCAUCAAUAACAAUACAGACAGGAUUACGUGCAAUGGCUGCUCGUAAGGAGCACAGGUUCAGAAGAGAGACCAAAGCGACCAUCAUCAUCCAGACUCGAUGGCGCCAACACAAAGCCUAUGUUGCUUACAAACUGCAAAAAAGAGCUUCUCUAAUUCUCCAGUGCUCGUGGAGGGGACGUGUUGCAAGGAAGGAACUUCGGAAGCUCAAAAUGGAAGCAAGAGAUAAUGGUGCACUUAAAGAAGCCAAAGACAAGCUGGAAAAGAGAGUUGAGGAACUCACAUGGAGAUUAGAUGUUGAGAAGCAUUUGAGGGUUGACCUUGAGGUAGCCAAGGGACAAGAAAUUACAAAGUUACAAUCUGCGUUGCAAGAAAUGCAAGAAAAGCUUGAGGAAGCCCAUGCAGCAAUUAUAAAUGAGAAAGAAGCUGCAAAGUUAGCAAUUGAACAGGCACCACCUAAGAUAGUAGAGGUGCCAGUGGUGGAUAACGCAAAAGUUGAGUUGUUGACAAGUCAAAACGAGGAACUUGAGACUGAGCUCGGUACGUUUAGAACGAAGGCUGAAGAUCUUGAGAAGAAGCUUUUUGAGAUUCAAAAACAGUCUGACGAAUUGUCACGUGAGACACAAGAACGGGACUCCAAAAUUAAUCAAGUUCAAGACAUGAUCGCUAGGCUUGAAACAAAUUUAUCCAACAUGGAAUCUGAAAACCACGUUCUACGCCAACAAUCGUUGCUUGCGUCAGCAGAUGAUGAUAAUAAGACAAAACAAAUAGAGAGUCUGGAAAGCAAGAUUGCCAUCUUGGAGUCAGAGAAUCAGUUGCUCCGCAGCAAUCCUGCACCAGCUGUUCAAGCAGUAGUCACUCCUGAAGUGAUUGAGCCAGCUGUUGUGAAGAAAUCUUAUCAGGUUCUUGAGAAUGGACACCAGCAUGGAGAACCUAAAAUGGAGGAGGUGGUUGUUCCCCCAGUAAAGAAUUUAAGCAAACAACAGUCGCUGACGGACCGACAGCAAGAAAAUCAUGAUGUCCUUAUCAAAAGCCUGGCUGAAGACAGGAGAUAUGACAACAGAAGACCAGCUGCAGCAUGUAUUGUCUACAAAUCACUUCUUCACUGGCACUCAUUUGAAGCAGAAAAGACAAACAUAUUUGAUCGUAUCAUCCAUACAAUUAGGUCAUAUGUUGAGAAUGCUGAAACUUCUGGAGAACUAGCUUAUUGGCUGUCGACAACAUCAACCCUCCUCUACCUUUUACAAAAUACACUUAAAGCUAGCAGUUCAUCUACUAAAGUACCAAAUCGCAGCAGGACCGCAACAGGCAACCUAUUCAAUAGAAUGGUGCAGAAUGCUCGAUCAUCAUCGUCAGGAUUAGGUAUUUCAAACGGAUACAGUGGAAUGGUAGGAAGAGCUGACACUACAUCAAUGAUAGAGGCUAAGUAUCCAGCUGUACGUUUCAAGCAACAGUUAACAGCAUAUGUCGAGAAGAUAUAUGGCAUGAUGAGAGAUAGCCUGAAAAGGGAAAUAAGUGCAAUAUUGACUCUCUGCAUACAGGCUCCAAGAGCUGGUCGUGUAAGAGCAUCUCGAGGAUCAUUGAAAAGUAUACACUCUAGUGCACUAUCAAGGCAAGCAUCAAGUGUGCAUUGGCAGAACAUUGUCAAGUGCCUGAAUCAUACACUGGAAACGAUGAACAAUAAUUAUGUACCUCCAAUGAUAAUUAGGAAAACAUUCAGUCAAGUAUUUGCAUUUAUGAACGUUCAACUCUUCAACAGUUUGCUACUUCGGCGUGAAUGCUGCUCCUUUAGCAAUGGAGAAUUCUUGAAGGCUGGUUUACAGGAACUGGAGCAAUGGUGCUCUAGAACAACUGAAGAGUAUGCAGGAACAUCUUGGGAUGAACUGCAACACAUAAGGCAGGCAGUUGGGUUCCUGGUUUUGCAUCAGAAAUCGCACAAGACACUGGAGGAAAUCACUGAUGAGCUUUGCCCCGUUCUGAGCAUCAGCCAAAUAUAUCGCAUCGGAACGAUGUUCUGGGAUGAUAAAUACGGUGCACAAGGUCUAUCCCAAGAGGUAAUUGGAAACAUGAGAACAAUGACGACAGAUGACUCGAUAACUACUCCGAACAGUUCUUUCUUACUAGAUGACGACUCAAGCAUACCGAUAUCCUUGGAUGAUAUAGCGCGACUGAUGCUCGACAUCAACCCGACUGACGUGGAGCCGCCACCACUACUGCGGCAGAACUCCCAGUUCCACUUUCUUCUGCAACAGCAUACAGACUGA